UCCGUGGGCACAGCGGGUGCUGUGAGUGCAUCAGUCCCUUCUGGCACAGCAGAACUCUGCUCCGCAGCCUGAGGCACCACCUGGAGAGCGAGGUGCUGCGCUCACAGCCGCCCAUUGCCUGCUUACUGAGCUGUGCCUACUGAGAAGCCCCAGGUGAGGAAUGCUCUAGGGUCGUGCUGUGGACAUACCAUCUUUGGGUUGUGCCCCGCAGUGCCAGACAUGGCUCGCUUGGCCGUGGGAAUCAUCCUUGCUGUGCUGGCUCCGCUCAUCAUCGCCGCCAACGUGCUGGUGGCCAUUGCCCUCCUUCGCCUUAUCUGGAAGACCGGCUGCAAGGGACACUAUUUUGUCCUUAAUCUUGCUGCUGCAGAUGCCAUAGUUGGUUUGUCGGUUGUAGGUCUGGUCAGAGGGGAGUUCUUUGAGCACGUUCAUCCCAAGCAGAUCUUCUGUGUCCUGCGAAUGGCUUUUGUGACAUCCUCUUCUGCUGCUUCUAUCCUGUCCCUGACCCUGGUCGCGUGUUACAGGCACCUGGCAAUCAGAAAGCCUUUCCACUAUCACCAGCUGGUCACGGGCACGCGGGUAGCGCUGCACUUGGUGGCGCUCUGGCUGCUUGCUGGUAUCGUUGGCUUUCUCCCACUCCUUAUCCCAGGCUUUCGGAAGAUCUCCCUCGAGGAAAAAUGCUCCUUCUUCAGAGUCUUCCACCUCAGCUACAUUCUCAUUAUCUCCUGCAUGGGCUUCUUUCCAGUCCUGUUUCUCUUCGUUUACCUCUACUGUGACAUGUUGAAAAUUGCCUCUGUGCACGUGCAACAAAUCCGGGAAGCGGAACGUGCGGGGCUGGCCAGGGGCAGCACCAGUGACAUGAAGGCCAUGCGCACCGUGGCCAUGCUGGUCAGCUGCUUUGUGCUGUCCUGGCUGCCAUUUUUCAUCGCUGGCAUCGUGCAAAUUGUGUGUACCAAGUGCUUCCAUUACGGAGUCAUUGACAGCUACCUCUGGCUGUUGGGACUGUGCAACUCCCUCCUGAACCCCUUGCUCUACUCCUACCGGCAGAAGGACGUGCGGCGGCAGCUCUCCCAGCUGGCUGCUGAUGUGAAGAGGAAAGUCCUUCAUUUGGGGAAGGGUUGCUGUUUCCCCAGCAGAGGGACCGAGUCCAUUCCCACUGCACCGUGAUUGUAGCUCCAGGAUUGAUGUGGUUAGGAGUGGCUACCGUUGGCUUUCUUUCCAGCUUGUCUCCUUCACCAGGACUGUGAACCUGGGGGCUGCCAGCUGUGGAAUAGAUCCUAUAUGGGGUAGGACGGCUCUGCGUGCUUAGACACAGCACAACCAGCACAGCCAGUUCUGCACCAGCUCCAGGGCACCCCAAAUUGCAGGUGCGUGGCACAUGUUGAAUUUUGCUUGGAGAGCUUCAGCAAGAGCAGCUUAGUGUCUGGUGGGACCAAGCCUUCCACAGACUGAGAUCACUCACUUUUCACCUGGCUGUCCCCAGCCCAGACCUGAGAGCCUUCUGCUGUCCCUUCUGCCUUGCAGCACAGCUGUCUGGGCCAGUUUCCCCACCAGCACGUGGGGCAGGGCUGCUCUCACUGUUGGCUCUGUCACUCCCUAUCACUGCCUUACCUAAACCAAACUUGCAAUCCAACACAUGCAAUCUGGGCUGUCCCUCAAACCAUUCUCUGAUUAGGAUCGAUC